ACCGUGUUUCAGACAGACGAACUCCAGCCGCUCUGGGACGGAAGGAGACUCUCGUGAUCCGUGUGCUGUUCUGUGCUGUGACCGGCUGCCGGGAGCUGUGCGGAGAGUCCAGCGCCAUGGAUGCAGUGACCUAUGAGGAUGUGUAUGUGAAUUUUACUCAUGUAGAGUGGGCUUUGCUGGAUCCUUCCCAGAAGAAUCUCUACAAAGAUGUGAUGCUAGAAACCUACUGGAACCUCACUGCUAUAGGCUGUAAAUGGGAAGACCACAAUGACCAUGAAGAACAUGAUCAAAUUUCUAGAAGACAUGGACGGUAUCUUCAAGCACACAAAACAGCCAAUAAUAAAGAGGAUCUCUUUGAAUGUAAUCAAUAUGAUGAAGCCUUUACAUCUGAUUCCUCUUUAAAAGUCCACCAGAGAAGUCAUUUGGAAGGAAAAUACUAUGAAUAUAAUCAGAUUUAUAAAACCUUUCCAUGUCACAGUCUUCAACAAGUACAUAGUACUCAAACUGGAGAGAAAAGGUAUGAAUACUACCAGUGUGGCAAAGCCUUUGAAUGUCCCACUUACCUUCAAAUAGAUAAAAGAAGUCCUACUGGAGAGAAACUCUAUGAUUGUAAUCAGUGUGGCAAAGCCUAUACACUGAAGAAGACUCUUCUUGCUCACAUAAGAAAUCAUACAGAAGAGAAAGCCUAUGCAUGUAAUCAGUGUGGUAAAGCCUUUGUAUGCAAAAGUUAUCUUCGUGCUCAUGAAAGAACUCAUACUGGAGAGAAACCCUAUGAAUGUAAUCAGUGUGGCAAAACCUAUACACUAAAUAAGAAUCUUCUCUGUCAUAAGAGGAGUCAUACAGGAGAGAAACCCUAUGAAUGUAAUCAGUGUGGUAAAGCCUAUGCACUGAAAAAGAAUCUUGUCUCUCACCAUAGAAGUCAUACUGGAGAGAAAUCCUAUGAAUGUAAUCAAUGUGGUAGCACCUUUGCAGAGAAGUAUACACUUCUCAGACAUGAAAGAAUUCAUACUGGUGAGAAGCCUUAUGAAUGUGAUCAAUGUGGUAAAGCCUUUGCAAGGAAGCUUUUUCUUCUCUGGCAUGAAAGAAUUCAUACUGGAGAGAAACCAUAUGAAUGUAAACAAUGUGGUAAUGCAUUUGCAAGGAAGAGUUAUCUUCUCUGUCAUGAAAGAAAUCAUCAUACUGGAGAGAAAGCCUAUGAAUGUAAUCAAUGUGGUAAAGCUUUUGUAGAGAAGAGACGUCUUCACAGGCAUGAAAGAAUUCAUACUGGAGAGAAACCCUAUGAAUGUAAUCAGUGUGGUAAAGCCUUUUUAGAGAAGAGAGGUCUUCAGCGUCAUGAAAGAAUUCAUACUGGAGAGAAACCUUAUGAGUGCAAUCAGUGUGGUAAAACCUUUGUACAGAUGAGUUAUCUUCACAGCCAUAUAAAAAUUCAUAGUGGAGAGAAACCCUAUGGAUGUAAUCAGUGUGAUAAAACCUUUACAGUGAAGUCUAAUCUCCGCAGGCAUGAAAGAAUUCAUAGUGGAGAAAAGCCAUUUGGAUGCAAUUAUUGUGGUAAAGCCUUUACACAGAAGUGCAUGCUUCAGAAUCAUGAAAGAAUUCAUACUGGAGAGAAACCAUAUCGAUGUAACCAAUGUGAUACAGCCUUUACAAGGAAGCAGUAUCUUCUCCGUCAUGAAAGAAUUCAUGCUGGAGAGAAACCCUGUUAAAGUAAUCAAUGUGGCAAAGCCUUUGUGGAGAAGAGUAGUCUUCACAUGCUGUAAAGAAAUCACAGAGGAGAGAAACCCUAUGGAUGUAAUCAGUGUGUUAAACGCUUUGCGCGGAACUAUCAUCAUCACAUUCUAAACAUUGUUCUUUCUUGAUGGUAUGAGGAACAGAAACAAUCCAUAAGGGACAAAAACCAUACGUUUCCAUUAAGGCAUAAAAAGCAUAGUUUAAUUGACUAACAAAAGUGGCCAAUAAUGAGAAAUGUGAAGUAAGCUCAUUCCUAACUGUUCUAUUAUAAGUAACAUGAAAACACAUUCUGAGAACAAGUCAGUGUACUGACGAAUAUUUUAGCAAAAGUUAAAUGUUUCAAUCUCUAAUUACGCACUAACCAGUUCAGUUAAAAUUGUAGAAGGAGGGAUGGCAUUGGACUCUCUUCCUCACAGUUUUACAUCAAUAAUAUAUUGCCUCACCCUCCCUGUAUCAUAAGCUAAUUUGAGGGGAUCUUGAUCACCUUUGUCUUCAAAAAUAUAUCACAUUGGUGAACUAUUUUGAUGGCAUUAUUUUGUUUGGACCACGUGAGCAGGAGGAAGCAACCGUUUUGAUCUCAUAUAUGCACAACACAUAUGCACAUCAGAGGAUGGGACAAAAACCAGCCAAACUUCAAGGAACUUCUACCUCAUUGAAAUUCUUAGGUUAUUAGGGUUGUGUGGAAUUCAGAAGUAUUUCUUCUAAGGUGACAGAGAAGUUAUUGCAUCUGGUCCUUCUCCCAUCAAGAAAGAAGCCAAUGUUUGCUGGGCCUGUUUGGAUUCUUAAGGUAGCACAUUCCUUUCGGGUGUGUUAGUCUGGCCCAUAUACUAAGUGAAUGGGUGCUGUGAGGUAAUGCUCUGUGGACUGUAAAGAUUUGUCACUUGUAUUAUUUUAAUAUGACAAUGAUUGACCAGUAGCCAGGCAGAAAGGAUAGGCAGGGCGACUAAACUAAGAGAAUUCUAUGAAAAGGAAAGCAGAGAGUCAGUCACCAGUCAGAUAAAGAGAAAGCAAAUGAGAAUUCCUCAUUGACAAAAAGUACCAAGCCAAUGGCUAAACAUAGACAAGAAUUAUGGAUUAAUUUAAGGUAUAAGAGUUUGUUAGUAAUAAGCCUAACUAAUAGGCCAAAGAGUUUAUAAUUAAUAUAAGCCUCUGUGUGCUUUUCUAGAACUGAAUAACAGGACUGGACAGGACAGAAAUUUCCAUCUAAAAAUGGCACCCAAAGGUUUGGCAAGAAUUCCCACAAAAGAAUUCACUAAGAAAGCUUCAAAAAAAAUUCUAGACAGAUAAGAAUAGAGCCAAGUACAGUUUCUUGGUAACUGUAUCUUCUCCUGUAGGCUCUGUUUACUGGCUGCAAGCAGAGGCGCAGCCCCUUUAAGAGAGGCUUCCUAACUCAGUGUUAGUGGCAAAAACCUUGAGGCUCUUUUAAGAAGCAGUGUCACCAAACAAUUAAAUGAUGUUUAUGAGUAGCUGGCAUCAGGCUUUCUGGCAGUAGCAUGGGCCUAGAAACUCCACAAAGUUGUGACAGUAAAUGUGCCUCCCACCAGUACUUCCACCAUGAAGCUAAGGAAUGAUGUGGAGCCAGCCAACAAAGCUGCAGCUUUGAUCCUAGCCUUAUGACUUAGAAUCAAGAUU